AUGACAACGCCAGGUCUCGCUUUGCAGUCGGCCUUGCAUACUACCUCGGCCAAGGAUGGGUGCACGUUGUCUAUGAUGGAUGCUCCCCAACUCAGGACUGGAUACCGUGGUCAGAUUUUGCUCAUGGAGCAUAUUAUCGAUUGUGGGGUGUACGUGCAGAACAUGCUCGGAGCAUGCCCAAACAAGACCACAAUGAUGAACGCCGUCGCAAUGACCACUUCAUUAAACAUGUCCACCUUCCCCGAUCAAUCUGGGCUGAGGGUAGUCUGGGGUAGGUGGGAGAUGGACAAUUUCAGGAUCAUGGUUGAUGUCGAGCAAUGUCCUGGUUGUUGUGAUGGGCCACAUCGAUGGGCAACGACAUGUAACGAACACUGUGGCCCCGAUACGCCGGGGUUCAUGGAUACCAAUUGCUAUCCAUAUGAGUUGAGGCUGAAUGGCUUGUGGGCCCAGUUUGCCAAGUGUUCCGAUCUACGGAUUACGCUGGGUGAUUAUGGCGACAAUUCCGAUGGCAACUUCAAAUGCACUGGCAAUAUAUUUGAGGAUAUGCGGACCCUUGGCGACAUUGAUCCCACAGAAUCCGUUUAUCGUCCUGUGGUCCGACGCAUAUCCGGCUCCGAAUGGCUAAUACGUCGCACGGAGAAUCGCACUGAGCUUGCUGUGGCGUAUCAUACUAGUACUGAGCGCAAACACCUAGCUCUGCGUCAGCCAAGGGGCCUAGGCUUCCUACGAAUGAACAUUUCGAGCUACUGCUGA